CCCAGUGCAUUGCAUGAUGUUAUGAUGUGGAAUACUGAUAAUGAAAAAUCAUGAAACCAUGACAUAGUCAUAGAUUAGAGUGACGUAGUAGCCUGCCUACCUCAUGCAAUUUAGACUUUUUUCUUUCCUUUUAUUCUCGUUCUCCAGCUGUGGAGUUAGCUAUACUGAGACAAUUCAAUACAAGCUUAUGUAAUUUCUUGCUAUGUUUAUUAAAGUACAAAAUGGAAAGGAGGGUAUAAUCCAUUCACGAAGCAAUUUGAAACAUCAUGUUGCUGCAGCUAUUUCUAUGGUGGCCUAGGCUGAAUGAUAGAAUUAUUUACCCUACAGACCCUAUUGAUCUUAUAUACCUGCUGCUUGCCAACAUCACCAAUAUUUAAUGUUGCAGAUAUCCAAAAUGAUAUGGUUCAUUUUCUUCAUGUUCACAACUAUGCUUGCUUUCAGACUUACGUCUAUAUAUCUCUCUUUUUCCUCAGGUAAUGCAUUUGUGGUGAGCCUGGCUUUGGCUGAUCUGGUGGUCGCCUUGUAUCCAUACCCACUGGUGCUCCUAGCUAUUUUCCACAAUGGAUGGACUUUGGGUGAAAUGCACUGUAAAGUGAGUGGCUUUGUGAUGGGACUAAGUGUAAUAGGCUCUAUUUUCAACAUCACUGCAAUUGCAAUUAACCGAUAUUGCUAUAUAUGUCAUAGCUUUGCCUAUGACAAAGUGUAUAGCUGUUGGAACACAAUGCUCUAUGUCUCCUUAAUCUGGGUAUUAACAGUAAUUGCAACUGUGCCAAAUUUUUUUGUCGGCUCCUUGAAGUAUGAUCCACGUGUCUAUUCAUGCACGUUUGUUCAGACUGCAAGCUCCUACUAUACAAUUGCAGUUGUGGUAAUUCAUUUCAUUGUCCCUAUCACUGUCGUGAGCUUCUGCUACCUUCGAAUUUGGGUCUUAGUGCUUCAAGUUAGAAGACGAGUCAAAUCAGAAACAAAGCCAAGACUGAAACCAAGUGACUUCAGAAACUUUCUUACCAUGUUUGUGGUUUUUGUGAUUUUUGCCUUUUGCUGGGCACCUCUAAACUUCAUAGGACUGGCUGUAGCCAUCAAUCCUUCAGAAAUGGCACCAAAAGUUCCUGAAUGGUUAUUCAUUAUAAGCUACUUCAUGGCCUAUUUCAACAGCUGCCUUAAUGCAAUAAUAUAUGGACUUCUUAACCAGAAUUUUCGGAAUGAAUACAAACGUAUUUUAAUGUCACUGUGGAUGCCAAGGCUUUUCUUCCAGGACACAUCCAAAGGAGGAACUGAUGGACAGAAGAGCAAGCCCUCUCCUGUUUUAAACAACAAUGACCAAAUGAAAACUGAUACCUUGUAAAGGGGUGAUGGUUAAUACAAAAGUUUGUCACAGAAAACUCCAAUGAUAGAGUUGCAAUGUUCUAGUCAUUCUUGCUGACUCUGUGGGACCUUCCACUUGAAUGGUACUUUGUGACUGGAAUACUGUCUUCUUGGUAAAGCACAUUGCUCAUAAUUCAUAAUUUAUACAAGAUAUCAAUUAAAAAUACAUUUCAAAAUUAAAGCAGCAGAUGAGUGCAAACUAUUUUGGUUUUGAGAGUUGAAUUCAACUUCAAGGCACAUGAGGCACGUUUUUACUCCUGUAGGAACCUGGCAUGCUUUAUUCAAGGUUAGGAUUCGGUUCUCAAAAGAUGCAGCAAGGGUUCUUGUCUAUGGGCACAGCAGCUCAUCAAGACUACAAAGUGAUAUUUUAUGUUCAGUGAUACAGAGCCAAAAUCUCAUCAGUGGUGCCCAGAGCCAGGACAAGAGGCAAUGGACACACACUGGAACACAGGAGGUUUGCUGUAAACACCAGGAUGCACUUCUGUGUUGUGCAGACAAUGGAGCACUGGCACAGAUUUCCCACAGAGGCUGUGCGGUUUCCUCCUUGGAGAUUUUCCAGAGCUGCUUGGAGAUGGUCCUGGGCAUCCUGCUCUGUGUGUCCCUGCUGGAGAUGUGGUUGCAUCAGAUGGACCCAGAGGUCCCUUUCCACUUCCACCAUUCUGUGAUUCUAAGAGAAGAUGCAUCAGAUACUCUGUUUUCCAUACAUAAGACAAAUAUCAGAUUUCUGCGCAAGUACUGGUGGUAGUAAUAGUGUCUAUGAAUCAUACUUAUGAAUUGGAAAGAAGACCAUUGGUGUGAAAGUAAAUAUUAACAUCAAAGCCUUUCCUGACCAGUUUCUUCUUACAUGCAUACACUGUAUUUCCCUAUUUCAUGAUAACGUAAUAUAUUUUUUUUAUCUUACAUAUGUACUUCAGGUAAAAUUCUUUCUUGAGAAAAUUGAAUUUUCAUUGUGCUCUGUUUAUUUACCUCAAAAUAUACAACUAAAGUAACUUGAUGCACUUUAACAUAAUUGCCACAUUUUCAACAGACUGGAAAUUGUGGCAUAUGUCCUGUAGUAAUCUGGAAUAGCAAUUGGACACCAGGCAUGAUAGCUCAGAUUGCCUCAAGUGACAGUAGACACUAGUGAGUGACUGAAUGAAAAAGCCCUUUUAACUGUAAUGGCAGCUGAGAUACUUGCCUCAUAUGUAGACAUCUAGUCUUGAAUAAAAUCCACCUUUGUUGUCUAAUCUAAUGUAAGUUUCAACUUUCCCUAUGUAGAGAAUAUCUAUCAGCAUAGAUAGGAUCCCUUUCAUCUAUGAUAAUCAUGCAUCCAAAGAUGUGAUGAAUUGUUCCAUGGUGGUGCUGGUCUCAUUGAUUGUGGAAUAUUUAUUUACUAGUUAAAGCUAGUAAAGUUUGGGUAGUUAUAUCAGAAUUUGUCUUGCCUAAUUUGGGAUUUCUCCCGUGUAGGUUUUGGUACACAUUCAAGUCUCUAAAUUCCUACUGCAGUCCAUGGAGGCCUAGGAAAUAGUUCAUUUAUCUUGGAAUAGCUUUCCUUAUUGGUCAGAGGAACUGACUGACAGACCUCACAAUGUCUUCAUUGAUUGUAACUGGGAUCAGGUAGCUCAUAUGUAAGCACAUUUCAGACAAAGGUAAUCUCAAUCCCAUCAUUAGUAUACCUACAGUUCAUAUUUACACAGUUCAUAUAAUGAAAUUAUGAUUCUGAACUUUCUUUCCACUCAGCUCAAAUUUAUAUUGGGUUUCACCUUUUUUAGGUAACAGUGACCGUACAGGUCAGAUUAUAGAGUGCAUUAUACCUUGCAUCACUGCAGUCACUUACACAGUGUGAUUUGCAUUAUCUCAAAAUCAGAUUUUGGGUCUGUGUGCAUGCACACAGUGAAUAAAGUUAUCUUAUCAUUAGUUCUGAAAUGCACAUUACUUUUAGUAGCACUCAUAGAGGAGAAGCAAGAAGCCAAUCAGCUUUUAUUUCAAUUUCAGGUAUUGAAAUAGGAAAGAAGGCUGCUGUCACACCAGUUUGUAUGAAAAAUAUUUCUGUUGUAGUUAAUUUGUGCAACAAAUACACUGCUAACAAAGAUCUUAAACAAAGUCCUUUUUUUACACAUACAGAAAAACUUCAGUGAAGCACCAUAUUUUAACUGUUUUACUUGCUUGCCGUGUAAGUUGCGGCAACAUAGCAAAUGAGAUGAUUCUUCUAGUUUCAUUCAUGUUAAUCAGCUAAUUCCUGAUGAUUUCUGAAGUUCAGUACCCUAGGCCUCGUAAACUAGUAGCCUGAUGAACACUGAAAAGUCUGAACAGGUAUAUGAGAGAUCUAAAUAUUUUCUCUACAUUACAGAUCUAGGGGUUUACUUAAUCCACUACCAGUAACAGUUAAACAAUUAGGACCUAUGAUUAUUUUACAGGUAAAUUCAGAAUCUUCAGUGGAACAACUUCAGCCUGGUCAUAAAAAUGGCUAAAAGUAUCAGUCACUAAAAUGUAGGUUCUUUGAACACAGUUUUGUAAGUCUGGCAGUUAUGAUUUUUGUAUGUACUGUUUUUGCUUAUAACCUCCAAAUUAAUGUCCUGAAGAAAUAACUAAUAUACCUGAUAUACUUAUAUAAUAUAAAAUAAUAUACAUGAAACUUGUCCCAGAGGACAUAAGAAGUUUCAAGAGUCUUGAAAACUUGUAGGAAUGGACAUCAAGUUUUCUUCAUUGACAAUUUGGCUUUUUCUGACUUCUCUGAGUACUCAAAAUUUGUUGUCUGAACUUGCACAUGAAUUAGUCUUAGAAGUGAAUUGAUCAAUCUUGGUUUAUCACGUGAUAACUCAAAUAAAAAUAGUCCAAAAUUUUUAUCAAAUUCCUAAUGUUGUUUUAGCUCAAUAAAACACCAUAACCAAUUGCUUAACCACAGAAGUGAGCAGCUAUCAUUCUGCAUAUUCAUAAGAAGCAAAUCUGAAGUCUUUAUGAAGUUAUUUUACAAAUUAUCAUUGUAUAUUAAAAAUGAAAGAUCAUUUACAAGAGUCCCUGUGCAGAUACUUCCUCAACUAUCCUAAUGGAAGUUUAUGCUAAUAAUCAUUGAAUCGUAGAAUGACUCGAGUUGGAAGGGACAUUAAAGCCAAUCCAGUUCCAAUCUCUGCCAUGAGAUGUUUGCCCCCCACCUUUUCAGGAUGCCUUGGACCCCAUGAAGCUUGGUCCUGGACACUUCCAGGAAUGGUGUACCACAGCUUCUCUGGGCAGCCUGUGCCAGUGCCUCACCACACUCAGUAAAAAACUUCUUCCUAAUACGUAACGUAAGUCUCCCCUCUUCCAGAUUAAAACCUUUCCCCCUUGUCCUAUCACAUCUGCUUGUGUAAAAAGAUUUCUCUUCUGUUUAUAAUCUCUGUUUAAAUACUCAAAGGCUACAAUGAAGUCUCCCUGACACUUCCUCUUUGCUGGGCUUAACAAGCCCAUCUCCAUUAGCCUAUCUUCAUAAGAGAGGUGCUCCAGCCCCCUGAGCAGUUUCUUGGCCUCCUCUGGGCUCUCUCCAAAAGCUCCACAUCUUUCCUAUGUUGGGGGCCCCAGACCUGGAUGCACAAGGGCAGAGCAGAAGGGGACAAUCACCUCCUGCAACCUACUGGCCAUCUCUCUUUUGAUGUAGCCCAGGUUACUGUGGCCUUCCAGGCUGCUAGAGCACGCUAGUGGCUCGUGUCCAGCUUGUCAUCCACCAAAACUCCCAAAUCCAUCUCCACAGGGCUGCUCUCAGUGAGUUCUUCUUUAGACUGCACUCACAUCUGGGAUUGCCUUGACCCAAAUGCAACAUCUUGCAGUUGGCCUUGUUGAACCUCACUUGGUUCAUGUGAGACCACUUUUCAAGUGUGUUUAGAUCCCUUUCUAUGGCAUCCCUUCUUCUGUCAUAUCAACUGCAUCAUACAACUUGGUGUCAUCUGCAAACUUGCUGAGGGUGCACUUGAUCCGAUCAUCUAUGUCCGUUGAUAAAGAUGCUGAAGAGCACUGGUUCCAAAACAGAUCCCUGGAGGACACUAUUCAUCACUGCUGUCCACCUGAACAUAGAGCCGUUGACAACAAUCUUCUGGUUGCUAUCACCCAACCAAUUCCUUAUCCACUGAAUAGUCCACCCAUCAAAUUAAUUUCUCUCUAACUUAGGGAAGAGGACAGUGCAUUGUUCAGAGAAGGACGUAUUUCCAUAUUUAAUAUUUUGUCACAAGUGAUAGGAAUUCAUUGAAAUAAUACUUAUUAUUAGUGGAUUCUACUACCAUGACUUUUCCUGAAUGAGAUCCUGCUCUGCAUGGUGUCCACAAAAUAAAUUGAGAUAUUUAAUGUGCCAGACACUGCUACUGAAUGAGUCCUGGACAUGUGAACAAUAAUUCAUGUCUGUUAAAGUAAGCUUUUGUACCAGGCAUUACUGCACAGAACUGAAUUUGAUUUAAUCUGAAAAUCAAUCCAGUGCAUAAAAUUUAAAUUAAAGUACAUGGAUGCCGAAACCUCUAUAGGUGGCAAUGUUUUA